AUGAGGCAACAGGCUGUAAAUAUCCAACAGCUGGUGCUGGCAGAACACCCUCAAGUCCCAGCUCUUGAGAAACCUUUUGACUUUAUGACUGUAUCACUCCGCCACAACCUCAAACACCUGCUGGUCCGAUUUCACGUGAUUCCCGGCCGUACCGAGCAUCUGACGGCAUCGUUUGUCAUCUCGUGUUUCGUGUCAUCGCGUCAUGGGGACGAGCCUUCGCCUGUCUUUUUUUCCCGCCUGCCCACCGAGGCAGCAGACACACUCCAGGCCCUCCGCUUCCCAUUCGGGGGCAGGAGGUCCACGCCUCGAUCACGUCCUCCACACAGCGCUCUGUCACAUGCCAUCAUUGUCACGCUGGAGUUCUUAUGGUUUAAUCAGGAGCUCUUGCAGACGUUGCGAAAGAAAGGCUUUAACGGCUGCAACAGCCCUGAGCCCGACGGAGACGACUCCAUCGACCAAAGCCCGCUAAACGAAGACAAGUACCGCAAGACCGAGGACCUGGACAGCCUCUUCAAACGCUACGGCUCUACCGUCCCACAGCCCACCUUCUCUAUGCCAGUCACCGUGCCAGUAUCCAAUCAGAACGCAGCGGCGGCGGCGGCCCUCCAGUUCAGUAAUAACCCCGGCGGCGCCCUGGUCACCACCACCUCCUUUGUCACCUCCACCCUCACAGACCCCCGCCUCCUGUCGCCACAGCAACCGGCUCUGCAGAGGAACACCGUGUCGCCAGGGUUACCACAACGACCAGCCAGCGCAGGUGCUCUGUUAGGAGAUCUGGGGAACUCAAACGGAGCGUGCCCGAGUCCAGUCCCUAACGGCUACAUCAGUGCCAGGGCCUCCCCGGGCCUCCUCUCCGUCUCCAACGGCAACAGCCUGGGGAAAGUAGUCCCAGCUAAGUCUCCGCCUCCGCCCAGCCCUCAGAUGGUCAACAGCCGCAAGCCGGACCUGAGGGUCAUCACCUCGCAGAGCGGCAAGAGCCUCAUGCAGCUGGUGAGGAAAAAGCACAACUACGGCAGCCACACGGGGACAAAAAGCUCACAGGGGACAGGGUGA